AUGAACUGCCGCCCCAGGCCCUUCCUUCAGUCCGCACGGCCUGACACAACAAACUACGUUAGGUAUUGUCUGAAACUUUCCGAAGACGACGCAACAAAACCAGAGCCACCGAACCAGAUCAUUGCUUUCUUCAAGGUUAUCGGUGAUGCUACCUGUGAAGCGUAUUACCAGAGCCAUCGAGGAAUACUCCUGAGGGAAUUCGAGUUUUUCAUGGAGACUUCAGAGGCGGAACAACGAAUUCGACUCAGCCCAGAACUCCCAUCAACGGAGGAGUACAUGAGAGCCCGGCUGGGCACAAGCGCAGUCAACGUGGCCAGCUUCUUCAAUGAAUAUGCCUAUGGUACGAGCAUAUCAGUCGAGGUCCUCAAUGACCCGGAUAUGAAAGUAACCAAUGAUCUGCGUUCUCUGAAAAAAGAAGUUGCGCAACAAACCGUCGACAGUUUUGUGCCGCUGCUCUACCUCGUGCAUGGGAACCUGGACCUGGCGGUGUCGCUGGUUGUCGAGACCAUCGAGAAUGCCGUCAAGGACUUUGACUGCGCGGCUGAAUCGUUGGCACGGAAGUUUUCAGAUGACAAGGAAUUCAUACCCAGGCUCGAGACCUUCAUUCGUGCGUGCCGACUAAACUGCACAGGAAACCUGAACUGGAGCCUUCAGACGGGCCGAUACGGCGUCUCACAGCACAGCAUUGCGGGCGGCGUGACAUUAAGGCUGGAGUAA